AUGGACAACGAAUGUAAUAAUGUAAAUAUUAAUAAAAAAAAAAAAGAUCAAGAAAAUGAUCUAGAAGAAAUUCAAUCAAAUGAACAUGAAAAGGAUAAUGGGAAUAUCAUUAUUGAGGAUACAAAUGGUUUAUGUAAAGAUAGUACAAAUGAUUUAAAUAAAGAUGAUACAAAUGAUUUAAAUAAAGAUAAUACAAAUGAUUUAAAUAAAGAUGAUACAAAUGAUUUAAAUAAAGAUGAUACAAAUGAUUUAAAUAAAGAUGAUACAAAUGAUUUAAGUAAAGAUAGUACAUAUAAUUUAAAUAAAGAUAAUACAUAUAAUUUAAAUAAAGAUAAUACAUAUAAUUUAAAUAAAGAUAAUACAUAUAAUUUAAAUAAAGAUAAUACAAAUGAUGAAGAAAAAAAGGACCUAAAGAAUGUGGAGGGCGAAAAGAAGAAUACAUAUAAAAAAUUAACAAGUUAUAAUGAGUGCCCGGUUGAUUUAUAUAGAGAUAAUAAUAAAACGAACAAAGACAUAAAUGAAACAGAUGAUAAUAAUACAAAUAAGCAAACGAUUGUUGAAGAAAAUAAUUUUUUUGAUAAUAAUUUUUCAGAUUUUCAAAAAGCUCAAGAAAAUACUGACAAACAAAAAAAUAGCAUUUCACUGAAUUCUAUAUAUAAUGAUUUAAGAAGUUAUGAACAAGAAUUUUUAAAUAAUUUAAAAAAUGAUAAACAAGUACAAGAAACAAAUUCAUUAAAGAAAGAUAACAAGGAUUUAUACGAACAUAUAAAUUUUAAUAACAUAGAAUCUAUUUCUAACUAUUUAAAUAAUUAUAAAAAUAAUUUUUCCGAAAAUGAUAUAUUGAAUUCUUGUAUAAAUAAAAACAUUGAGUCAUUUAUACAAGAAGAAAAAAAAAAUAACAAAAAAAAUAAAAUUAAUAAAAAUUAUAUUAAUCAAUCUAUGUUCUUGAAUUCGUUACAUCCAAAUUUUAGUCAAAAAAUAUUUAAAGAGUAUUCUAAACAAGGACCAAGUCACGAAUCAGGUGAUAAUCUUGGAAAGUAG